GCGCUGCUAUGAAGUGCUACGUGACUGCGAUCCUAAUCCUGGGGCUGCUGGUCAGCUUCCGGUCCGCCGAUGGACGCUUGCCACGCGUGUUGCCCUUCGUUGAGGACGAACAAGGUGUUCCUGUGCACGGUGAUUGCGAGUUUCGAAUAAAUGGAGAUCUCCAGGAUCCAGCGCCGUUGUUUGCACGUCACGACUCCUACGAGCUGAUCGUGCCCGAUCCGACGGAUACAGUGCGUCUGGUAAAUGGCGAACUACUGGAUAUGUUCUGCCCGGGAGUGGGAUUUGCCGCCCCCUUCAGCAACCGUAGCCAGUUGACGGUGCAGUGCCUACAGAAAAAGUACUUUCUCAUCGAUGGCUUGAUCUAUCCCUUCUCCAACUUCAGCUGCACGGCUUGGCCAACUUACACGGCCCUGCGCACCGGACGUAAGUGCAAUGGCGGCACAGACCUCGUCAAGGUGGGUUUUCAGCUCGAGGACGAUGGUUUCCUGCAAGCCUACGACGUCUGCCACGAUGAGCUGGCCGAGGCCACACGCUACGUGCACCACGUGCUCUAUCCCUCAAGCUACGACUAUCAACUUGGUGUGGCACGUCCCAGUUUCCUUGAGCUAGACUUCUACGGAGGACGGGACGUUAAUAGGAAGUACACACAAGUUCAGCAGAAUAUUACUAUUAGUGAGAUUCUCGGCCUGGAUGCCUCGCCCUACUUUAACUACACCGAAGAUCGGUUCUUGGCUCGUGGUCACCUGAUAGCAAAAUCGGAUUUGAUCUUUGGUGCGAUGCAAAUGUCCACAUUCCUCUUCAUCAAUGUGGCACCACAAUGGCAGAGCUUCAAUGGCGGCAACUGGGCGCGUGUUGAGUCGAGUGUUCGGAAAUUUGUGGCCGAUCGGAAUCUGACAACAGACUGUUAUACCGGCACAUGGGGUGUCUCUACCCUGCCCGAUGUGGAGGGCAUCGAGCGUGAACUCUAUUUGGACUUUGAUCAGAACAACAAUGGUUUGAUUCCAGUGCCCAUGAUCUACUUCCGCGUGAUUAUCGAUCGUGAGAGUCGUGAGGGUAUUGUCCUAGUCGGUGUAAACAAUCGCUACGCCACGCUGGAACAAAUCCAAAAAGAUUACAUUCUCUGCGAAGAUAUUGGGCAUCAGCUGAGUUGGAUUUCCUGGCUAAAGGAGGAUCUACAUGAGGGCUACUCUUAUGCUUGUACUGUUGAGGAUUUCACGAAGGUAGUAAAGGAUUUACCCCUGGAGGAUCUGCAUACAAAUGGUGUGCUUGGUUUGGACACGGAAACCAGCACUACUGAGACAUCUAGCGCCGCUACGCCAACUACCACCACAGAGUUAUCUUCCACAACGGAUUCAGAUACAUCUACAGAGUCAUCUACCACUAUGGCUCCAAUUGUCACUACCGAGUCUUCUUCUACACCCGUUUCCGAUAGCACCACCGAAUCUUCCAGCACUAUUACUCCAACUGCUACUACCGAGUCUUCUUCUACAACCGUUUCCGAUAGCACCACCGAAUCUUCCAGCACUAUUACUCCAACUGCGACGACCGAGUCUUCUUCAACAACCGUUUCCGAAAGCACCACUGAGUCGUCUAGCACCGCUACGCCAACUGUCACCACCGAGGACGAUUCCACUACUGAUUUAGCUAGCACUACCGAUUCUUCUAGCAGUAAUCCUCCAACAGCUACUACCGAGUCUUCUUCUACAACCGUUUCCGAUAGCACCACCGAAUCUUCCAGCACUAUUACUCCAACUGCGACGACCGAGUCUUCUUCAACAACCGUUUCCGAUAGCACCACUGAGUCGUCCAGCACCGCUAUGCCAACUGUCACCACCGAGUCUUCCAGCACAGCUUCCAGCUCAACUGCCACAACCAGUUCUCCCGUCACACCAACCCCCGGUCCUACCCCUAAUCAAUGUCAAUUUAAGCUCAAUGGAGAUCUGAUCGAUCCUGCACCACUUCUCACUCCAGAGGGUGCUCUCAGUUGGCUGCUUCCCGAUGAAGCGGGAGUCUACACAAUAGAAAAGGGUUCCAGCCUUGAUUUACACUGCACUUCCGCCUUGACUGUUCCCUUUAAUCGGUUCACCGCAUUGACGGCGCGCUGUUUGGGCAAUCAGAUCUACGAGGCGGAGGGUCAACAGGUCAGCAUGAGGUCUUUUAGCUGCCAAACGUGGCCAAGCUAUGUGGCUGUACGCACUGGAAAUCGCUGCGAAGGCGGCACAGAGUUGUUGAAGAUUGGCUUUAAUGUCGCCGCGGGCUUGUUGCCACAGCUGGAGCUCUGCUACGAUGAGAAGGCGCAAAUCACACGCUAUGCACGCUACGAGCUGACUCCGGCGAAUGUCGCCUAUCAACGGGACGUGGCACAGCCGGGAUAUCUGCGCGGGGACUUUUACACAGGCAAGGAUGUCAACAUCUACUAUGGACAGGCACAUCAACUGGAGGAACUCAGCUCGAUCCUUGGUCUGGAUGCCAGCAAGUAUUUGGACAGCACUAGGGACUUGUAUUUGGCACGUGGCCAGCUCGCUGCUCGUCAGGAUUUCGUGCAUGGAUCAGCCCAGAGGGCCACCCACUUCUAUGUGAAUGCGGUGCCCCAAUGGCGAAGUAUCAGCAUUGGCAACUGGCUGGCGGUGGAGCGAAGCCUUCGCCAGUUUGUGGCCGACGAGGCGCUCAAUGUGAGCAUCCAUGCGGGCAGCUGGGGCGUCUCCACGCUGCCCAAUGUCGAAGGCAAACAGACACCGAUCUAUCUGGAUGCGGAUGCGGAGCAGUUACCUGUGCCACGCCUUGUUUAUCGCGUGGUUAUUGACCAGCUGAGUCGCAAGGGCAUUGUCCUGGUGGUGACCAACAAUCCACAUGCCAGUCUGUCGGAGAUUCUGCAGGAUUACGUGGUGUGCGAGGAUGUUGGCGCCCAACUGGAUUGGCUCGACUGGGAGAAGACGCAGCUGGAGCAGGGAUAUGCCUAUGCCUGCUCCGUCGAAGACUUUACAGCUGUGGUCAAGGAUUUGCCUUUGGAUCAACUACAAACUUCAGGACUACUGGGAGUUUCCCCAUCCAAUCCAGAACAACUCUGCAGCUUCCGGGUGAACGGCGAUCUUAAGGAUCCAGCGCCACUUUACGUACUCCGCGAUGUCCAGAACAAGGCAGAGUAUCUCCAACCCAACUUGCAGGGUCUGACCGAACUGAAACAUGGGGAGAUCCUGGAGCUGCACUGCAGCGGCAAAAGUUCCUUUAAGGAUCGUUUUGACGGAUUCACAAGACUAAAUGCCAGCUGUUGGGGAGAAAAGAGUUUCCUGGUUCUGGGCAGUGUCUACCAACUGGAGGACUUUGUCUGCACUUCCUGGCCUGGUUACACCGCUCGUCGCACCAAUCGCACCUGCAAUGGUGGCACCAACCUGCUCGAGGUGGGUUUCCAGUUGGCUCAAGCCGACGAACAGGACGACUUCCUGCAGACUUACGAUGUGUGCCACAAUGAGCUGGAGGAGGUGACCCGAUAUGUUCAUCAUGUCCUCAUGCCAGGUAGCGCACAGUAUCAACGAUCUGUUAGUCGACCCAGCUUCAUCACCGGCGACUUUUAUGACGGCAAGGAUGUCAACGGAAAGUACACGCAAAUCCAACAGAAUAUCACCAUCAGCCAGAUCCUUGACAUGGAUGCGUCACGUUAUUUCAAUAUUAGUGGCAAUGUUUAUCUGGCCAGGGGACAUCUCUCCGCCAAGACGGACUUUGUCUUCGGUCCCGCCCAGCAGGCGACCUUCUUCUUUGUGAAUGCGGCUCCCCAAUGGCAGACCUUCAACGCGGGCAACUGGGAACGCAUCGAGGAUAGCGUAAGGAAGUUUGUGGCCGAUGAAAAUAUCACCGCAGAUUGUUAUACUGGCAUUUGGGGUGUCUCUACACUGCCGGAUGCCCAGGGUGUUCACCAGGAGCUCUACCUGGACUUUGAUGAGAACAAUAAUGGAUUGAUCCCUGUGCCCAGGCUCUACUUCCGUGUGGUCAUUGAUCGCGAGAGUCGCCUGGGCAUCGUCCUAUUGGGUGUUAAUAAUCCACAUGCCAGCUUGGAGGAGAUUCAGAAUGAUUAUCUCAUCUGUCCAGAUAUAGGAGAUCAAAUCAAUUGGAUCAGCUGGACCAAGGAAGAUCUAAAGAGGGGUUAUUCCUACGCCUGCACUGUCGAAGAAUUUACCAAAGUUGUCAAGGAUUUGCCACUAGAAGAUCUACAGACGAAUGGAGUACUAGGUGUAACGACAGCACGACACCCAUAAAUUUAAAUCACACUUUAUAGUUAACUAAUCUAAGAACAAAUAUCAUAAAUAUUAAUAUUCGAUAAAGUUGUUGUCCACUGAUAAGACAA